AUGCUCUUCUCUUUUAGCCUCGUCUCUGCCGUCUUUGGCAUGGCUACUCUUUCGAGCGCUAUGCCGUCCAGCCAGCUCAUGCCUCGAGCGGCGGAGCUCUCGCCUGUUGUUGUCAUCACUUCUGAGGGUGAAGUCGAGUCGCAUGCUAACGCGACUGCGCUUGGAGUCGACAUCUUCGGCCCCAUCCCCGAUGAUUAUACUAAAGUAGAUGACCACAUUGUUGCGGACCCGGGUAGCAAGGCCUAUGCCUGGAUCCGUGCUCGUAUCGAUGUGGAUUGGGACAAAGUGUCUGAUGAUGUCAAGGUCGCUGAUUACGCCAACAUUGGCGUUGGAAUGUGGACCUCCACUGGCUGCAGCGGUUCCGUCUCCUAUUGGAGCAACAUUGAGUACAACCCUUGGUUUUACUGGAAUUAUGCUUCCAACCUUUACUCUGUGGGAACAGACAAGCGUGCAUUCAGCUGGAGGGAGCGACUUGAUCUCUACCGGCGUUCUGGUUCUGACCAGUGCGGUACCUACACUGAAUAUGUCCAAGGACCUGCGGGACCCGGAUGCUGGAACGGUGGCCCAUUCAACUGCUUCAGCUUGAAGAUCAUCGCAUAA